UUUCCACAUAAUCAACACAACACAACACAAUUCUGUUUCCUACCACUUCAUUCUUCCUGCCCUCAAUCCAAAACCAAACCGAACCCUUUAAUUUCCUUUAUUUUUCUCAUCCUCAUCUGUUACUAUUCGAUUAUGAUUAAGCCUUCUCAACCUUGAAAUCCAUCAACACCCCACAAACAUGGAAGUCAUGCCAUACCAGUUUUCCCGUUUACCUUACCAUGAUUCUCUCAAACUGCUCGAGGCUGAUAUUCACCAUGCUAAUGCUUUGGCUGCUGCAAUUCCCAGAGCCAAGGGUGGGGCUCUUCUCCAAAUGAAAUUGGUUUACAACCACUUGGCUCCUCUCUUUCUGUUGUUGCUACAGUGGAUGGAUUGUUCUUGUGCAUGCUUUCUACAUAGAUAUCUUGACCUCUUUCACAUACUUAUAUACAAGGUACCCAAUGAUGGUAGAUCGAACAUUACUUCUCAUGGAAGGAAAGCAACCAUCCGGGACUUUUAUGCUGUUAUACUGCCAUCUCUCCAGAAGCUUCAUGGUAGUGUGGAGAAGUUGGACGUUUGUAAGAAGGGGCACUCUAGCAUAGAUGGUUCAAGUUAUGGCAAGAAGAUGAUUGAAGGAGAUGGAAAACUAGUCAAUGUUGAUUUGGAAAGGGAAGAUGAAUGUGGGAUAUGCUUGGAGCCAUGCACCAAAAUGGUUUUGCCUAAUUGCUGUCAUGCCAUGUGUAUCAAAUGCUACCGCAAGUGGUAUAUUUACAUUACAUAUGCAUUACACAUUACUACCUUACUAUUAUAUGUUCAAAAUCAAAUUGGUUUCAUCAUAUGUAACACCCUUAUGUUGUUCUGCAGGAACACACGGUCAGAGUCUUGUCCUUUUUGCCGUGGUAGCUUGAGGAGAGUUAAUUCUGAGGAUCUAUGGGUGCUCACUUGUAAUGAAGAUGUUGUUGAUGCAGAAACAGUUUCCAAGGAGGACUUGUUGCGUUUCAACCUUUAUAUCAAUAGCCUACCUAAAGAUCUCCCAGAUGCACUUUUCUUAAUGUAUUAUGAAUACCUUAUUUGAUUUUUUAAACUAAAUAAGGAGGAAAAAAAUGUACAGAUAGGGAAAUCCGGACUGCAAAUGUCAAUAGAGUCUGGUAAGAAAUAUCUCUGAUCAUGUUCAUGUAAAACACAGCUCUGCUAAGAUAAAUUUAUGGAAUUCUAGCCGAGGAUAACACUCUUGGCUUCUGAUAUAUCUCCGAUAUUAAUGUUAACUUAUAUAUAACUUG